AUGAGCUCUCAACAAACCUGUACACAGAACACUCCGAACGCCGGUGGGGCUGGGAAAAAACGUCGUCGUGAAGGGGAUAUGGAGGAACGUCAAGAAGAAGACAACCGCUUUGAUGAAGUACAAGAUUUAUCUGAUGAAGAAGAUUCGGAUGGAGAACUUACGCACGGAGAAGUUCUGGACCAAAAACGAAAGCAAACGGCAAAACUCAAAGUACUCACUCGGAUUCGACAUCGGAAUGAAGGUAUUGGGAAGCUCGCUGGCAAUCAUCCGGUGCCUAAAGCUGCGACACCGCUGGCUAGAGCGAUCCAUGAAUUCGUCCGAAUGCUCAUGGGCAUCCCAAGGAAAUCAAGAGGGUCUUCAGCUCUUGAAGACGCCGGCGAAAAAAAGAUGCCAGAUCCACCUUCUGAACUCGAACAUCAAGCUUGGGAGUCCCGGAGGCAGAGAAGAGAGAUAUUCAUUCGGGAGGCACAAGAUCAUGCAAUGACCAAAUAUCUUUCGAAAAAACCACCUGGCUUCAAACCAAACCAAAAGCAGCGAAGGGUAGUUGAGAAGGACGCAGCAGAAAUGGCAUCCCUGAAACGUCCGAUGCAGCCGGUCAUCUUCACAUCUCGCAUCCUCACUGGAAUUCGUACCAGGUAUGCACACCAUUGGGUGACCUCAUGCGAGGCAAGCUUGGCCAUGGCAGGCUUUCCUCGUUGUACCUUUGACUGGGAAUCAUCAUACGAUUCACCUUGGAACUCAGUGACUGCAACCAUCAUCUUGGCUCAUUGGGUGAAAGCAUAUGAAGCAAACGGCGCAAGAGAGUUCGGUAUCCUGGUCACAGACAACACACCUGCCAAUCGGGAAGAAGUGCUUCGCCGUUGGUGUGGGAACAAAGCUCCAAAGUUUCAAGACCAAACUCGAAAGGUUGCGUUGACAAAAACUCCUGAAGGGCGGAAGAUCCUUGAGGAUAAUAUUUCGAUUGCAAAAGGAAUUUCAAGCAAAAAACAAAACAUGAAUAAGAUCUACGAUGCCAGGUUAUAUAUGGCGGUCAAACUCUUUGGUGCAGACUCACCCGAGUUCAAGAUGUUAUCUCAUCCCGAAGUUCAUUCAGAAGAUGAACUAGUCACAACCAACUGCGGCUCCCGUCAAAAAUUACGACUUGAAUGGCGCAGCCAAGAGUUAGAUACUUUGAUAGGUUUGCUCGACACGGCUUACUGGAAGCGCAAAACGAUUCCCAAAGAGAGAAGGUUGGCAAAACAACUAGUCGAAAGAGGUACCUACUCACCUACCCCCAACAAGGAUCGCUUCCCUCCAAAGGGGUUUCAGCAAUUGCUGGUUUCCCCAUCCUGGUAUGACCAGCAGGAAGGUUUAGUCUUAUCAGAAUUGGAACUGAAUGAAAAUCACCCUGUGGAUAUACACAGUGCCGUCGAGGAUGCCAAGAUCACCUUCAAGUCCUUAUCCGCGUUGGCGGCAGAACAACAAAAUGAACCCAGUGGCUCACACACAAUGAACACCCAGUGA